CGUGCUGCUUUUGAACACACCCCUAGCACGCUGUGUCUCAGCGGUAGAUUCGGAUUGGACAGACGGCCAGUUUGAGGAAGAUGGGAGACGACUUGGGUGACGAGUGGUGGGCACACGAGGGCAAAUCAGAUGGGUCUGAGGCCGAGGAGGAGACACGACAAGAGAAACAGCCGACAGAAAAAACAAACACAAAGACAAAACCAGAGAAGAGGAAGAGUGUAACAGAGACGACAGAUAAGGCCAAGAAGAAGAAAAAGACUGAACAGAAAGAGUGUGUGAUUCCUCAGAAGAAAGACACUGAGGAUGACAAGUCAACUAAACCCAAAAGAAAGAGGAAGAAGAAGACCAUUACAGAUGUCUUGUCCUCUUCGGAGCCUAAGCCAGGCUGUCCGGCAGACCUGCAGAACUUGAUUACGCAGCACUUCUCAGACAAGCGCUCUGUGAUCGAACAGGAGGAGCUCCAAUUGCUGGACUCCUGCUUCCUGUCCAGUAAUGACUUGACGCACACCGUCUCCUCGUAUCUGAAACAGGUUUGUCCCAAGUGGUCGAAGAUUCAAAAGCAGCACACGGAACAGAGUUCUGUGGUUCUGCUAGUCGUCUGUAGCUCCGCCUUACGCGCCAUUGAGCUCAUCAAGCAGAUGACAGCCUUCAAGGGCCCAGCCAAAGCAGUAAAACUUUUUGCAAAACACAUCAAGAUAGAGGAGCAGGUGAAGCUGCUGCAAAAGGGCGUCACCCACAUAGGAGUGGGGACACCCGGCAGGAUCAGCGCUCUUAUUGAGAAAGAGGGUUUGAGCUUGAAGGCGUUGAAAUACGUGGUUCUGGACUGGAACUGGAGGGACCAGAAGCUGAGAAGGAUGGUGGACGUUCCUGAGGUCAAAUUGGACUUUAUGAAGCUGCUGGAGAGCAGUAUCCUGAAUGGUUGCAAAGAAGAAAAAGUCAAAAUUGGACUAUUUUAACUGCACAUUGUAGAUUUGCUGCGUGCUGAAGAUCCAAAGGAUGCCUUAAAGCCUCAUAUUGAUGUUCGCCCACUACAUGCUGAGGGGCCUCAUCCUGUUUGUUCUCCCUUUGUGUCAGUGUGAAAUCUGCGCUGGGCUUUUAUUAUUUUCAGAGCCCGUUUUAAAUGUGUGGUGUUGUUUGUUCGCUGUUGUUGUCGAACGCGACAUCCCAGCGUGAUGGAUUGAAUAAACGGACUCAAA